AAAUCAUACAUGAGUAUUCAUGUUAGAAAGUUCCUAUGUGGCUUAAAAAUCGAGUGAUCAAACGUCAUCAGAUGCAUUCAGGAGACGUUAAGCAUCAUUUUGUCAACACUCGACGUUAAUUUGUUGGUUCUAGAAGUAAGAACCAAUCACAUUCGAUAGCUAUCCAACAAUGUUUUCUGAACGCACCCAUCGUGAACAGAAGUGAAUACGCGCAUGCGUCGACAAACCGUGCCGUGAGCGGCGACGGCGGCGACGACGACAACGACGACGGUGGCCAACAGCGCCAUUUUGUUCGCUCGUUUCUGCCCAGUAAGAUACAGCGGCGAAGAAAAUCCUAUUACGAAAAGUACGCAGUACUUCUUGCAAAGCUGCGAUCGCCGUCGCCCGCGCCUCUCCUCCUCCCCCGCGUUUCUUUCUUUUUUCUUGUUCCUCAUUGAGUUACGGUGUAGCAAGCAGCGUUGAUGAUUGGGAUUCCGCGGGACGAUCGACACAAAAUCACGGUCAAGAUCCGCAACAACAUGAAGAGGAGCUCGAGUCGCGAUACUCCGCCUCCUCGUGUGAAGCGGAGCCGAUCCUCGAUGGGACGAUACGAGGAUUCCAGUGAUGAACGUAUCACUCCAGAGAGAAUUCGACGGCGAAGCCGAGGCGCCAGAAGUCCUAGUCCGCCUACGCGAGCAUCUUCUCACGCGCGCUACGUCGAAUCCAGUUCGCAUCGCGAUGAGUACUUACGCCCACCGCGCGAUAUGCCACGGGAACGGCCGUAUAGCUACAAGGUUCUCUGCGUCAGUUCCAUCCAUCCCAAGGCCAGCGACGAGAUGAUCAAAGAUACUUUGUACAGGGAAUACAAGAAAUUUGGCGACUAUUCUAUUCAAAUCUCGCACGAGCCGGAUGAACGGGUCGCGUACGUUUGCUUCAGAAGCUCGGAGGACGCCCGAGAUGCGAAGCAUGCGAAACCUCGUAUCAUUAUAUACGAUAAAAUGGCCAUAGUGGAACCGGUGUAUGAUAGGGCCGAUAAUUAUCGUCGUCCACGAUCCAUCACACCGCCGGACUACGACAGAUACUACGCUCGGUCACCGGGACCUACGGAUAGGCAUAGACCGAUCGACAGAUACGAACGCGUGUACGGGCCACCGGUGAAUCUGCCUCCGCACCGAGAGAUGCGCCGCGAGACUAUCCCGCCGCCGCAUCAUGAGUUCGUUCGGCCUCCGAUACAUCCUCAUGGACCGCCGCAUGUUCAUCCAGGACCGCCUCAUCAUUACGGUCCGCCUCGGCACAUGAUGAUACGUCAUCCCGGACACGGUUUUGAACGCGUGGAGAAUAAGAAAGACAAGUUUCCCAAUUAUCUGCAUCACGUAUCUCCCGAGGAUGAUCCUCUCGCGACUCGAACCCUUUUUGCCGGUAAUUUGGAGAUUAACAUCACGGAGGAGGAAUUGCGCCGUAUUUUCAGCAAAUAUGGCAUUGUCGAUGACAUUGAUAUAAAACGUCCACCUCCAGGUACAGGAAACGCGUACGCCUUUGUGCGCUUCCAGACUUUAGACAUGGCGCAUCGAUGUAAGGUCGAAUUGUCGGGGCAGUAUAUCGGCAAGUUCCAGUGUAAAAUUGGCUACGGUAAAGCUACUCCGACAACUCGAAUAUGGGUAGGCGGUUUAGGACCAUGGACCUCCGUGCCGCAAUUGGAACGAGAGUUCGAUCGGUUUGGUGCGAUCAAGAAGAUCGACUACAUUAAAGGCGACAGCAAUGCUUAUAUACUUUACGAUUCCAUUGACGCCGCGCAGGCGGCCGUCAAAGAGAUGCGCGGUUUUCCGCUCGGCGGACCUGAUCGUCGAUUGAGAGUGGACUUUGCUGAUGUGACACCGGGUUUUGGUUUCAAACCGAGACCGUAUCCCGAAGAGAAUAGCGAUUUCAGGCCUCGUCCAGUCGACUAUGAGUCACCAUACGAUCCAUAUGGGCCUGAGGGAGAAUUUGGCUACGGGCCGAGGGGCUUCCGUGGUGGCAGAGGUAACGCUUCGUGGCACGAUCGAAGAGGAAGCACUCGAGGUGGUUACAGAGGUUCUUAUCCCGAAGGUUAUAUGCGCGACGAAGCUGAUUGGCCGAGCAGAAGACCACCGCCUGAAUUAGAAUACGAAACACCUCGCGGACUGCGAAGAUCAUUAUCACGUGAACCAGGAGUAGACAGAUCGAGAUCGCGUUCGCCGCGCAGGCGACAGAUGGACUCGGAUUCGGACUCUGAAAACACUCGCAGUGGAAUGUUAUCGACAUCUCGUACGCUGCCGGACGUCGCGCGCAAAUCUAUCGCUGUUUGGCAAGGCGCAUUGAUAUUGAAGAACUCGCUAUUUCCAGCCAAAUUCCAUCUAACUGACGGUGAGACAGAGAUAAUCGACUCCCUCAUGAAAGAUGAAGAGGGUAAACAUAUGUUACGAAUAACACAACGGCUGCGUCUCGAUCAGCCGAAAUUGGAUGAUGUAUCUAAAAGAAUUCAGACGUCGAGUUCGCAUGCCAUUUUCCUCGGUCUAGCUGGCUCGAGCACCGCGAUUACGAAUGACGAUGCUAAUGUGCAGACACGGCCGCUACGCAAUCUUGUAUCUUAUUUAAAACAGAAGGAGGCUGCUGGUGUUAUAUCACUGUUGAACAAAGACACAGAAGGUACUGGUGUUCUUUACGCCUUCCCACCUUGUGCGUUCUCGACGGAACUUUUAAAACGUACAUGCCCUAGUUUAAGCGAGGAGAGUCUUAAGGAGGACCACUUGGUAAUUGUAGUGGUUAAGGGGGGUAGCGCCUAAAGAGAAACCUUUAAUAUCUCGUCUCGUGUGUGUAUGUAUGAUUUUAUAUGAUUGAUAUCGUAAGUGCAAAGAGUCUUUAAACAGUGUACAGAACAUAAAAAAGGAGAAUUUGUGUUUUUUGAUUGAUGUAAGUAUUUUGCUUUUUGAUGCUUCCACAGAUGCUGCCAUGGGAGAUUUAAUCUUAUAUGAUCGUAGAUAGGAGAGCUAAUAAUAUUUGAUACUUUACUUUACACACGAAUGUAUAUUGCAUUGACUUGUCGAAAACAUUAACAUCUUUAUUUCUCAAUCAGAUGGGUGAUGAAAUUUUGCGACGUCUGACAUUCGAUUCGAGUUUACCAGUGGACUAGAAUUAUAUGAAAUCUAUAUCAAUUGAUAAGUUCUUGUCGAAAUUCGUCGACGCAAAUCUUUAUCACGCGUUAUCAUGAGAUCUCUUCAUUCUUGUAUAGUUAAUUAAGUCCAAUGCUAGAUGAGUGAUACUACAUAAAGUGACUCAAUUUUUAAAUAUUAUCAAAGAGAAUUGAUUUUUUGUACAAUAUAAUCUUAUAUGAUUUAUAUGAUAAACUUUUCCAGAAGAAUUCCACUACUUUUCCAUGAAUGUAUAUUAUCAAUAUUAACUGCUGAUAUAUGCUAAGAGAGAUUAGAAUACUUAUUUUCUAUCAAAAAACACAAUGUUGGUAUUGUUUCCCCAUUAUUCUAUUUAAUCUAUCAAAUAAUGGCGAUUACCAGCGAUAAUAUUUUUAACAGCAAGAUCUUUAUUGAUUAUAUUGAAUCUUGAAUAUUAGGAAUAUUGUAAUUCUUAUUAUAUAUAUCACAAAUAUGUAUGUGAUUACUUUGAAAUGUAGUAUAAGAAUUUAUUUGUAUCAUACACAUACACGCACACAAUAUACACACACACACACACACAUUACACAUACAUAUAUAUAUAGAGAUAUAUAUAUAUAUAUAUAUUAAUAUAACUAUACGUAUAUAUUGAUAGUGAUAUAUUGUGCACCGUUCUUUCACAUUUGCAGAUAUGCAUAUGAUUAUAUUAAUAUUAUUUUAGUUUUUUUAGCAAAUGUAAAGUGAAUUUCUUUCUAAGACAUGUAUGUGCACAUAAAACAAAACUAAACAUGCAAUGAAUAUUUUGUUUAUAAUGAAAAAAAAAUUUUAUUAUUCUAGACUUUAACAAUAUUAAGUCUUAAACAUAUUUUCAUCGACAAAGCUGUAUGCUUCUGAAUUGUACUUUGUUAGAAAAAAGAUUAUGUAGACAACAUUUAAAAAGAGCACAAUUUAAAUUAUGGCAAACACUAUUGUAUAGCUCUAUACUGAUGAGAGGACACAUAUAUGUCAUAAAAAGAGUAUGGUGAUUUUCAAAAAACUUUAAAAAUGUGAAAGAUCUGGUUUAGAGAGUAUAUUUGAUAUGGAAAACAUGUAUAAUUAAGCGUUUCGAUACUUAUUUCUGUAGAUUUCUCUUUAGUGUGACAUAACAUUUAGUAAGUGAUUGUGCAGUAAAUAAUCCGUGAUUAGUUACGAGUUUCUCAAGUUUGGACUGUGCCGAAAAGUGCAGACAGUGAGAAAAAGGAGUAAAUCCAGGAAGAGACAGAAAUCUGUUUACCGUAAAACAAAGUUUACCCUAUCUGUGUUUCCAUAAUGUCAACAAGAGUUUAUUCCUUUUUAAGUGAGGACUGAUUUUUUUAAAGGACAGUGUUUGGUUGGUGACAUCAAAAGAAAGGCGCUAUAAACUUGUGUACAGUGAAAUGUAAAAAAAAAAAAAAGUGAUUGUGUUCCACAUUCGAGUAUGGGGAGCGCUUUGUGAAUACAUGUCUGGAAUGUAUAUUUUCAUAUUCAUUCCAGAUAUGGAAGGAAAAGAAAGAUGAUUUUCGCCAUACUUGAUUGUGACUGAAGGUGCAGUGGUUAGUAUGCUUAGUGUUUGAACGGAAAAAUAGAUGCAGUUUAUGUAGAGAAAAAAAAAUUACAAAAUGUGUCAAUUUUUCUUAGCACCGUUUUUCUUCACCUUAAUCAAAACUCGAAAAUUCUCAGGAACUCGAUAAUGUUACAGUGAUAUGUAUUCUAAUGAAUGUCGCUAUUCGCGAGGAAAGUAAAGAUUUAGACAGAUUAGGGCAGUUAAAAAUAUCGGAUGUUUGAUAAAUAAAAAGUUGACGUCGAAACUCUUCAAUUAAAAUGCAUGCAUGUGGCCGACAAAUUAAGUAGACUGCUUUUGAUAUUCUCAAGAGUUUUGUACUCGGUAUAUAUAGAAUUUGGUUUUUCUUGCUUUUGUUAAGUGAAGUUUAUCGUGCAACAAUAUAGUGCUGUGAUAUUUUGAGCAACGAUUAGAGCAAUGACAAUCGGGAACAAUCGCGAAAAUGUAGAUUGUAGAUUUCAAGUGCUUGUGUUGGCUAAGAAUUAAUUUCCUUCUCCGUUUGCGAAGGAAGGAAGGAAGGAAGGAAGACUGUCAAGUCAUUUAUAUAUAUUGUCGGCCAUAACGAGAGAAAGAAAAGAGAUUGCCACUGUGAUAUUGGUGAAAUUUUUUGUGCUUUGUGGAUUUUUAAAGAGAAAGAGAGAGAAGAGCAAUUAAAGUCGCGAAUUAACUUUCUAAACGCGUUAUUCGAAAUUUUUAUUCAGAAUUUUUGUUCAACGAAAAGUAGUUGUGUCGCCUGCAACAUAUCGAGUACAAAAUUGUGCAUCUGAAACGUUGAUGUAGUAUCGCAAAGGGAGAACUGUAAAGAGAAAAAAAAAAAAGAAAAAGAAAACUAUAGGGAAAAAAGACAGUGGUUUUGUCUCGGGUAAUAUAAGAUUUUUCAAUCUUGUGUGCGGGUAGAUCAAAGUGAGUUCUAUCAGUGGUAACUCUUGGUUUCAUAUUGCAUCAGUGUUGUGCUGCUUGUGUCCUUUCCCUUCCCCUUCCACGCAGAUUUUCCGUCCUUAUCCAUUCUUGCUCGUGGGUUUGGAUAGCGACCGAGUUUCAUUGUAACCUCUUUUGUUAUCGCUUUGUAAAAUUGUAAAAUCUGUUUCAGAAUCGGCCCAAAGGAACGGAAGACAGAUAACGUUCGCGGAGAAACGUCCGAUUGCUGUAUUAAAAUUUGCAAAAAUAAAUUACACAGACACGGUUAUACAUGAGAUAAUUAUGCUCAUUUUUUUCUUUCGGAUCGGCACAAAUCUCGAAUUUACAUCGCAAUCUUUAAUAUAUGCCUUAAACAUAUUCUCUUGCAGUUAAAUAUAUUCAUUAAUUUUUUACUUUGGCAAAAAAACGGAAUUGCAAAACGUUUUUAUAUAUGGCAUAACCUAUUCUGAUCUAAUCUAUAACCUACAUAAGGUAUUACACGAACGUUAUAACGAUUAUCGGACGUGCAAACGUAAUUAUGCAUUUAAUACAAUUUACACAAUUGAUUCUAUACGUUGAAUAUUGAUUUUGAUCGAUCGAGGUAAAAAGUAGACAAUCCAAAUAGUUUGACAUAACCUAUAAACAAAGGUAUAUAUGUGAUAAUCAAGGGACCAAAAAUACGCAUUUCCCUUUUUUUUUUAUACAAAAAAAGUCUAUUCGUUUUAAUUACGAUUUUUUUUCUAUUUAAUUUAUUUUUUUAUUCUUCGAGAAACUUUAAUAUAUAUACGUAUAUAUCCACUUUAAGCAUAGAAAGUGCAAAAAAUAUUAAAGCAAGAACAUAUCAAAGAAACAGCUAUAUCAUCACACAGUUUCUUCACGCAUGUUUCGUGCAAAAAUUUCAACAAACAUUACAAAGUUAAAAUUAAAUGGAAAAUUUAGACAUUUUCUUUUAAUAUCACAAAAAAUUUGAAAACUUACUCAUGUUCUCGAAAAAAAAAAUCUCAUAGUGAAGUAAUAUCAGAUAACGUACAAAAGGCACGUGUGUGCCAGAAAUAUUUUAUAUUUUUCGGAAAAGAUAUGUAUAAAUGUAAACAAUGUCUUUACUUUAGACAUUUUAUUGGAUAGUGUAUAUGUUAUUUUUAGUAUUCACAAUCUUUCAUAGAUGAAAUAAACCAUCGUUAAAUCUCUGUGAUUGAAAAAUAAUUUAAGCUUAUCUUUUCAUUAAAAAAAGAAAGAUCGCUUUCGUUAAAUCUUAAUAGUAACAAUGUAAUAUUGGCGUGCAUUCUAUUAUUAAUAACGGGAAGAGACGCAGAAUGUGUAAAUGGGAAAUUACACGUGUGGAGAAGAAAUUAUGCGUAUAUAUGCGGCA